UGUGAUAUUAGGCAACUAUAAUAUUCCUAUAAUAUCUCCUUCUUGACGUUGGUCCUGCGCUGAAUAAGAAUGAAGGAGAAAUGAAGAUGAAAACUGAAUACAUCUGUAUAUCUGAAAGUAAAAAGCUGAGGGGGGCGGAGUCCAUCGUCAACCCCAGGAAGGAAACAGCAGCAACGCCUCACACGACCACACAGAAUGGACGCCAACGCUCUGCUGCUGUCAGUCCUCAGUCUGGGGCUGCAGGUUCGAGCGGUUAUCGGUGGCCCGCCCACCUCUCUCUUCUUCGGGGGAGGACAAGACGCCAUUCUGCCCUGCGCCAACGCAUCACCGGCGUGCGCCAACGUUUCGUGGUUCUACUUGAUAAAGGACAAAUAUGUGGCGAGCGGAUCUUCACCCCGGCUGAGUUUGGAUGCCGAGUGCUCGUUGGUCAUCAAGAACGUGACGGCGGAGGACGCCAGUUCCUUCGUCUGUCGGCUCGGGAACGACCCUCACCACGAUGAAUUCAUGUUCCUCAACGUUCUGACAAUCUCUCCAUCCCCUCAGUACGACGACCCCGAGAGGGCCGGUGAAGUCACGUUGGAGUGCUCUCUGUGGAGACACAGCUCUGUCCUCCACUGUCCUCCAAACAGCCUCCGCUGGGUGGACGAGGCGGGCGCUCGGCUGCAGGACGAAGGCGUCGGCCACAGGUUCCUCGGGCAGGCCAACUGCGUCUCCGUUCUGACCGUGAAGCGUCAGAGCGGCGUCGACAGGAGAUACGCCUGCCUGUUCGUCGAUGGGAACCGCGUCGCCGUAGAGGCCGGAUACACGCCCGACUUCACAGAGGACCCCGUCGAUCACACCAUCACCAUCGUCAGCGUCGUCAGCGUCAUCGGGGCCGUGGUCGUCGUGGUUGUCAUGGCUGCGGUUCUCAUCAAAUACAGGAAGAGAGCCAAAGGGACAGAGGAUGUCCCGAAACCGACCCAACAGCCUGAUGAAGCCGAGAGUCAUGUGACCUACGUGACUGUCAUCCACGCUCGUCAACAGGCCCCCCCGUACAUAAACGUCGAAGAGGAGGCGGUGACAUACUCUACAGUCAGCGAUGCGCUGAGGCCCCAAGCGGACGAGCGUCCCAGCAGCCUCGGCGGCUCAGUCAGCAAACCCCAAAUAAACCAGAGGAAGUGAAACUUUUCACCAUGACGACUUCCUUCAUCCUGCAGAGUGUCUUCUGUCUUCUGCCUGUCGGAGUUGUUCCUGUUGCUCAGGCGUGCUGUUCUAUUACUUUACAACAAUUGGCCGCGUGGUUUUUAUACAUAGAGAUGUUGUCUUUAUUGAAAAAAAAAAAAAGGUAUUGUGUAUAUUGAAUCCAGAUGUUCAGUUUUGCAACACGCAAGAAUUACGCUUAAUAUUCAAGUUGGUUCUUGCUGCAUUUGAACUUGUGUUGGAAAUUGUUCUCCUUUGUGUGCGUUUAGCUUGUCAAAAGUAAAAGGGACUCACUUCCUGGUAGAUUGUGCGCCCGUGUUCUAAAGCCUUUCCUUCGGGGACCGCGUCUCUAUCCUUCACACCUCUACAAUCUUCAGUGUCGCUGACAAAUUAAGGCCCAUAAACACAUAAUCCUCUUGGUCAAUCGUUGAAAAGGUCAAAAGACGUGAAGCGUACACAUUAAUAUUGAACCAAAACCACAUUCUUUAAAGUUAAAGACCUCGGAGACAUACGUUUACUCGUUGACCACGACCAUCUUCUUAGGACUCGUGUGCCAUCCAAGAAGUUAUGCACUUCAUGGACUGGCAGUGGACUUUAUUUUUCUUUUGAAACCCAUUUGUCAAAAACAUGACGGGGCAUAUGAACUUAAUCUGUUGAUGUGCAGCUUUGAUUUUGAAGUGUAAUGCUCGGGCACUCUGUUGGAAAGCUUCACACAAAGGGUCGGAUAUGUGGUGGUCUUGUUUAUUGCGUACGUGAACAUUUUACAUUUAUAUUUUCGCAUCUCAAGUUACAUAAGAGCCAUUUUUGUCAUAGCUUCAAAAUGAUUGUUCUCUGCAGUCGUACACAGUAAGCAACAACAUCAACAUACGUUGUAUUUACGAUAUUACUUGUAUUUCAGUACUGUUCAACUACUUUUUAAAUCUUCAAGUCCUCCACCUCCAAGAGCGCCUUUAAUUCUUUUUAGUUGAUUUUCAGCUCGAUUGUUGAAUAUGCAUCAUAUGAAUGUCAAACUACCGUCAAGUCAAAUUAUUAAACAUUAUAAAUGGCAGGAUGGAUCUGAUCUGCGUUUA